UUGCAUUUGUUUCAUUGCAUUGCAGUAUAAAAUCAAACAGAGUAAAUUUUGACUCCAGAAACCCAAAAAAGCAGGCCAAUUCCAAAUGGCUGUUCCAUCUCCUCCUCCUCCAUCCCUCAUCCAAUCAAUCACAGUCCCACUCCUCUUCUUCCUCUUCCUACUUCCUCCCCUCCAAUCCAAUCCCGCCACGUCACCCAUCAUCGAACUCCCUCACACCCUCUCCGCCACCACCAUCUCCGUCGUCGACUUCGGCGCCACCGGAGACGGCGUCCAUUACGACACCUCCGCCAUCCAAUCUGCCAUCGACAGCUGCCCCGCCCUCUCCCCCUGCCACGUCACCUUCCCUCCGUGGCGCACGUACCUGACCGCCACGAUCCGCCUCAAAUCCGGCGUCGUUCUGGACAUCCAAGAAGGCGCGACGCUCCUGGGCGGCCCGAGACUCGAGGACUACCCGAAAGAGCAGAACAAGUGGUACGUGGUGUUGGCGGAGAACGCGAGCGACGUCGGAAUCAGCGGCGGUGGAGUGGUGGACGGUCAGGGCUUGAAGUUCGUGACGCGGUUCGAUGAGAGGAAGAAUGUGAUGGUGAGCUGGAACUGGACCGGUGCUUGCUUGGGCGACGAGUGCCGGCCCAGGCUCGUCGGCUUCAUCAAUUGCCGAAAUGUCAACCUCUCCAAACUCAGGUUGCGUCAGCCGGCAUACUGGUGCUUGCACAUUGUGCAGUGUGAGAACGUACUGAUUCAAGAUGUUUCGAUUUAUGGAGACUUUAACACACCCAAUAAUGAUGGAAUAGAUAUUGAGGAUUCGAAUAACACAGUCAUUACCAGAUGCCAUAUUGAUACUGGAGAUGAUGCCAUCUGUCCAAAGACAAACACUGGCCCCCUCUAUAACUUAACCGUAACAAAUUCUUGGAUUCGAACAAAGUCUUCUGCAAUCAAACUUGGUAGUGCUAGUUGGUUCGAUUUCAAGGGUCUUGUGUUUGACAACAUCACUAUUGUAGAUUCUCAUAGAGGCCUGGGAUUCCAAAUCCGCGACGGAGGAAAUGUGAGUGACAUUACCUUCUCAAACAUAAACAUCAGCACAAGAUACUAUGACCCGUCCUGGUGGGGCAGAGCAGAGCCUAUCUACGUGACUACUUGUCCGCGAAACUCAAAUUCAAAGGAGGGUUCAAUCUCUAACCUACUCUUCGUCAACAUCACUUCAACUUCUGAGAAUGGUGUAUUCUUAUCAGGCUCUAAAGGGGGGCUUCUUAGUGAUUUGAGAUUCAUUAACUUGAAUCUGACUUACAGAAGAUGGACCAAUUACGCUGGUGGGUUGGCAGACUACAGACCAGGAUGCCAGGGACUGGUUAAUCACAGCACAGCCGGCAUCAUCAUGGAACACAUUGAUGGCUUGGUGAUUGACAACGUUAACAUGAGAUGGUCUGAUGACCCGUUAAGGCAGUGGAAUGAUCCUCUGGAUUUCAGGUCUUCAACUGUAAAUAACAUAUCUCUGCUUAAUUUCCAUUCAAGCUUGUUUGUACAGCCAGUGAAAGAGGGAGAAAGAGAGAGAUUAGGAAGAACCACUGAAUUAUAAUGUCAUUCUUUUGAUUGUACAUUUGGGAUGGAUUCGAAAUUUUGUGGCGAAAGGCCGGCCACAUGUUUUCAUUUCUAGUGUGUGUAUAUCCCCGUUUGUAAGAAUGCAGGUCAUUGUGAAUAAAGAAUACAGUAUGGUUCAAAGUUUUAUGAGAUUGAAGGCAUGAAA